AUGGAGAGAUACUCUCAGUUCCGGGAUCGAGGCUCGGGCAUUGCUCCAUUCCUGCCAAUCCCGGUUGAAUCACUCGGACUCCAAGCCCCCCCUUCCUAUUUCUUGAUCUUACAAUGGCUUCCUAUCGGAUCGCUAGGCAAAAAGGCUGCUCUAUGGUGUAUUCUUGGUGUUCCCAGCAUCUGGUGGAUUGAUCUCCAAGUGGAUGGAGUGCGCAAAGGGUCUUUGAAGCAGCAGCAAGCGCGCCUGCCACAGCCCGGCUCGGUCAUCGCCUCGUCCUUCACAUCACCCAUCGAUGCUGUGUACCUGGCAGCUAUCUUCGACCCGAUCUUCACCGCGUCCUACCCCAACACUCGCCAGGUCGAGCGCAUCUCUCUGCUCCAGGCCAUUCUGCGAGCCUUCGCUUCCCCCUCCACGCAGCCCGCCCCCGGUGCUCAGAUGGUGGAUAUCUCGACCCUGGUGGAGAAGUACCCCAGCAGACCGAUUGUAUUGUUCCCGGAGUGUACCACCACCAACGGUCGCGGCAUCUUAACCCUGAGCAACUCCCUUCUCGGCGUGCCGGCCAACACCAAGAUCUUCCCCGUCAGUCUGCGCUAUACCCCUAUGGAUAUCGUGACCCCCAUCCCCGGGAGUUAUAUGAGCUUGCUGUGGACGCUGCUUAGCAAGCCGACCCACUGCAUCAGAGUGCGCAUCGCGGAGUGCAUUACGAAUAGCCAAAACGCUAUCGAUACAUCUUCCUCUUUCUCGACUGGGAAGUCGACAUAUAGCACGAAUUACCUGGAUACACUAGACCAAAACGGGCAAGAACAACAGGUCUCGAGCAGCGAGAAGGCGCUGCUGGAUAAUGUGGGGGGAGUCACUCGCCCGUCUGGGUCGGGUUAA